CGCCCGGGUUAGGAUAGGCCGUCGUUGUAAAUAAGGAUUUGUUCUUUAAAAAAAAAAAAUGACGUUCCAAAAUAAAGGAACUGUUCCAGGACCAGUUCUGAGCAUAGAGGUGUUCCGCUCGGCGGAAAUGACGCAUCGUUGAUUUGAUGUGAAAGGUCACGAAAAUCUUCUCAACUUCCUUUCCUGCUAGCGGUGGCCACAGAAUAGCACCAAGAUGGGCAAGUUCAUGAAACCUGGGAAGGUGGUGAUGGUCCUUGCUGGGCGCUACGCUGGGCGUAAAGCUGUUAUCGUCAAGAACAUUGACGAUGGCACCUCAGACCGCCCUUAUAGCCACGCACUGGUCUCGGGCAUUGACCGCUACCCCCGCAAAGUGACCACAACCAUGGGCAAGAAGAAGGUUGCCAAGAGGUCCAAGAUCAAGGCCUUCGUAAAGGUGUACAACUACAAUCACCUAAUGCCCACCAGAUACUCUGUGGACAUUCCUCUGGACAAAACCGUUGUCAACAAGGAUGUCUUCAGAGACCCUGCCCUGAAACGCAAAGCCAGACGGGAGGCCAAGAUUAAGUUUGAGGAGAGGUACAAGACAGGCAAGAACAAAUGGUUCUUCCAGAAGCUUAGAUUCUAGGCAUUCAUUGGUUUCACUAAUAAAUGUAUAAAAAAAAAAAAUCUUGACUGGUGUUUUCAUUUGUGGUUUUAUUGACAAGUGUAAAAUGUUGGAGAUUAAGCAAUACAGCUGAUUAAUGCCUCAUAAAAAGCAGUAGAAAGGUAUUCACAAAAGCUGCUUGU